AUGUCCUCCCAGGAGAGGAGGAGGGCGACGGCGCUGAAGGUGACACUGAAGCCCUGCACGACGAGGGUGGCACGUUUGCCGCCCUCCGUCUUAACGCAGGGGGCAGAGCCGCACAGCGCGGAAGCCGGGCGGUCGGGUUACGCGACCCCCAAGAGCGGCGCGAGCAGGGCGACCUCACCAUCUCGGUCGCUCUGCUCAGGGCUUGGACCGGGGGAGGCGAUCGAUCUCAGUGAUACGGAGUCGAUCGCCUCCUCCGCGAGCACCCAGGGCACGAAGCGCGGGCGUCCCCCAACAACCGGGGACUAUGCCCGCAAAAAGCUGCUCCAGGCCGCAGAGGGAGAGGAGCGCGACAGGCAGCGGGAACUGGAGUUCGCUGACUCCCUUCCCGCUGGCGCACUUCAGCGGGGCGCGACCAACAACAUCGGUCGCGCCACCGAAGCGAGGAUGCGAGAGCUGUCCAACAAUCCAUCCGUGGAUCUGGCAGCCUCCAUCCUCGAGCGGAUGUCGGUGGUGGAGAGGGUGGCCCAGACGUCGAGCAACCUGAAGGGCACAUACAUGAAGGCCCUUCAGGAGACGUCGAUAGAGGUGCGGGCCGCCCUCUCCAUAAUAAUGCAGAGAACUGCGGACGGCGGGGCGGAGGAGACGAACAUCCUCCGCCAAGAGGUGGAGUCCCUAAGGGCCCAAGUACGCGAGCUGCGCGAGGCCCUUAGGGACGUUGGCAACAGGAGAGGCGCAAAUCCUCCUCCCCAGCCGACGAGCACGGCGUGCGGUGGGGCGGAGACGGUGCGGGACCUGCCCCGCUCGCGCUCCCCAUCCCACCGCUCAUCGAUGCGAGGGAGAGGGGAUAGAUCCCGAUCCCCUCAGUCGCAGCCUCGGGGGAGGGUGGAUGCUCCCCCAAGGCAGAGAGAGGAGGGGGCGACGGCCAUGAGCGGCCUCGAGGAACGAAUUGUCGCUCGCAUCGAGGCCAUCCUCGACCACCGCAUUGGUGCGGUCGCCCCCCGUCCGGCGGGAGAUCCUGGCGGGAAGGGAGAGAGCAGGAAGCUCCCCCCACCACCGCCGAAGACGACCGGUCGGGCCGAGAUGGCGAGACCCGCCCCCCCUAAUAAAAAAACGGGGGCGGCCAAGAAAGGGAAAGGUGGGAGAGAAAAGGGGAGGGGCUUGGACGGGCGGGAGGUAACCCCCGCCCAGCCGGCGCCCCGACCCGAACCCCCACCGUCCCAGCAGAAGACGCGCCCACUGCCGCCUCCGCCCCCCUCGACCGCACAGGGCGAGGUCUGGGCGCGGGUGGUGGGGCGCAAGGAGGCGCGGGCCGCUAAGAAGGCAGCCCGUCCUUCGGCACCGCCCCCGCCAACGACGACACGAGGAGGGGCGCCCCAGCAAUCGAAGGGGAAGGGAGGAGGAGCUAAGGCCCCACCUCCUCCCCCCAAGAAACCCCGGGUGCGCAAGCCGCCCGCCUCCGCGGCCAUCACCUUGAAUGGCCCAGAGAAGGGAUAUGCGGCAGCAAUGGCCGCCUUCAAGGCGGACAUCAGGCUAGAGGACCUCGGGAUCCCUCAUGUUCGAGUAAAGCGGGCCCUUACCGGGGCCCGCAUACUCGAGGUUCCCGGACCUGAUGCCCACGCCAAGGCCGACAAGCUGGCGGAGGGCAUCCGGGGGGUCCUCACUGGUGGGCAGUGGUCGGUGGUCCGCCCCACCAAAAAGGCCGAGAUGAUGGUCCGGGGUCUGGAGGACUCCAUCUCGGCCAACGAAGUGGCGGCGGCCAUCGCCACUGCGGGGGGCUGCAGUCCCACUUUGGUGGAGACGGGCCCCAUCAAGGAGGCCCCGGACGGCCUGGGCCGAAUCUGGGUCCGGUGCCCUGCCGUCGCGGCCCUUAAGGUCGCGAAGCAGGCCCGGAUCCAGAUCGGCUGGACGAGAGUGGGGGUGGUGCUGCUGGAGCCACGCCCCCUCCAGUGCUAUAAAUGCCUGGAGGUGGGGCACGUACAGCAGCGCUGA